CUAGCGAGAGUUUGUCUUCUUAUGGCCUCCAUCUUUGUUAUAAAUCGAACUGGUUUUGAAAGAAAUACCAGAGACCCAGUAAGGUUUUGUUGAACUAUGACCCUUCAAUUUUUUAUUAUUAUUUGCAUUGAGGCAACAACUACGGCAAUGUUGUCAGAAAAGUGGCGGUGCACACUUUUCUACAGGUAAUCGGCUGUAAGGUGAUAUAUCCCAGCAAUAAAGACAAUAAUAUCACAACGUGUGGUAUGUUGCAACAAAGUUAAAGGGCUAGGGGAUCCGUGUUGGUGGUUCUACCGCUCCCCACCUCGUAUUCGUCUACGCAGUGCUGCCGCCUAGCAACGCCGUCAUGUCGAGGCAUAUCUACCCAGUACUUUCUUUUUCGUGACUCCAGCUGCAUCAACAACAACAUACGGCAAGCCACACCGAGCUCAAAGACCUUACGGAAAUACCAUUCAGUCUGAUUAUGGCCUUCGUUCCCAAAGAAGCAACUGUUCUGGAAGGGGGUUGUUUUUGCAAGGCGAUCAGAUACACUAUCAGCAUUCCAGCUAUAGCCGAUCGCCCACUCGUUCCUAGAGCACUUCCCACUUCCGUUGGCUUUGACAAGGGCCAAGCUGAUUCCCCGAGAACAGUUCCAACUAAUUUUCCAUUAGUCGGCCUAGAUCACUGCCAGUCUUGUCGACAAUCCAGCGGAGCGAUCAUCCAAUGUUGGUUUGUCUGUCCAGCAGAAUGGGUCCGUUGGAGUUUCCUACCUCGUGAUGAUGGUAAAUCUGCACCAUUGGGGCCAGGAGAAAGGAGUGUUGUGGCUCCGGAAGUAGCAUCCGAGAACCUCCUGCCAAGCAUGGAAGCUAGUGAAACUGCUGAGGAAAGCUCUCGCAUCGAUUUGUCUACGCUUGAUGCGGUGACGCCACGAACACCAAAGAAGGGGGCUACUGAUCCUGUCUCUGACGUACCACGAACAAGAGAUACGUAUCUUACUCAUUGGAACUCAUCACCAGAAACUUACCGGUCAUUCUGUGGACGUUGUGGGACAACUUUGACUUUCUUCUAUGAUCGGCCAGUUUCCAGCCCAAUGCCACCGCUAGUUGAUAUCACUGUUGGCAGCCUGGACAACGCGAGUCUUGAGAGAAUCAGGCCGGACCGACAUUUGUGGUGGGACGACGGAACGUCAUGGAUCCAACAGUUAGUACGACAUGGAGAUGGGGGUUUCCUGCUUCGGCAUCCUACUGGAGCGGUGAGUAGCACAAUUGAACUGUGAGCUGUCUGCGUCGGUGGAAAUGGGGGAAUGGGGGUAUGGGGGUAUGGGCGGAAUGGGCGGGAGUGGCGCUAUUGUGUUGUUUUCCAGCCCAGCUUGGACUUAUUUGUUAAUGGAGGCCUGGACUGCGCUUGUGUGGGCACCACCCAAGGCGAUCUGCGUGGUGUUUGGUAUCUUCCUCGGCAUUUCCUGAUUGAUAUAAUGUUGUUACUACUAGCAGUGAGGAUUGUUAGAAACUCCAGAAAUCGAGCACGACUAGCCGCCCCAAAAUGAAAAAGAAGUAUAGAAAAGCCAGAAAACGAGAAAACGCAAGGGGUCAGGCCCCCAAUGACGAAUUGAAGCAGUGAUGCUGGAGCCUGGAAG